GCCCGCCCCCGCGAGGUGCCGCGCCCCCCGGCCCGGCCGCGCGGCCCGCCGGGGCCAUGGCGAAGAAGAGCGCCGAGAAUGGCAUCUACAGCGUGUCCGGCGACGAGAAGAAGGGCCCCCUGAUCACGCCCGGGCCCGACGGGGCCCCGGCCAAGGGCGACGGCCCCGCGGGUCUGGGGGCGCCCGGCGGCCGCCUGGCCGUACCGCCGCGCGAGACCUGGACGCGCCAGAUGGACUUCAUCAUGUCGUGCGUGGGCUUCGCCGUGGGCCUGGGCAACGUGUGGCGCUUCCCCUACCUGUGCUACAAGAACGGCGGAGGUGUAUUCCUUAUUCCCUACGUCCUGAUCGCCCUGAUUGGAGGAAUCCCCAUUUUCUUCUUGGAGAUCUCGCUGGGCCAGUUCAUGAAGGCCGGCAGCAUCAAUGUCUGGAACAUCUGCCCCCUGUUCAAAGGCCUGGGCUACGCCUCCAUGGUGAUCGUCUUCUACUGCAACACCUACUACAUCAUGGUGCUGGCCUGGGGCUUCUAUUACCUGGUGAAGUCCUUCACCACCACGCUGCCCUGGGCCACGUGUGGCCAUACCUGGAACACUCCCGACUGUGUGGAGAUCUUCCGCCACGAAGACUGUGCCAAUGCCAGCCUGGCCAACCUCACAUGUGACCAGCUUGCUGACCGCCGGUCCCCAGUCAUUGAGUUCUGGGAGAACAAAGUCUUGCGGCUUUCUGGGGGGUUGGAGGUACCAGGGGCCCUCAACUGGGAGGUGACCCUGUGUCUGCUGGCCUGCUGGGUGCUGGUGUACUUCUGUGUCUGGAAGGGGGUCAAGUCAACAGGAAAGAUCGUGUACUUCACCGCUACAUUCCCCUACGUGGUCCUCGUUGUGCUGCUGGUGCGUGGAGUGCUGCUGCCUGGCGCCUUGGACGGCAUCAUCUACUAUCUCAAGCCUGACUGGUCGAAGCUGGGGUCUCCUCAGGUAUGGAUAGAUGCCGGGACCCAGAUUUUCUUCUCUUACGCCAUUGGCCUGGGAGCCCUCACAGCCCUGGGCAGCUACAAUCGCUUCAACAACAACUGCUACAAGGACGCCAUCAUCCUCGCGCUCAUCAACAGCGGGACCAGCUUCUUUGCUGGCUUUGUGGUCUUCUCCAUCCUGGGCUUCAUGGCUGCAGAGCAGGGCGUGCACAUCUCCAAGGUCGCGGAAUCAGGGCCUGGCCUGGCCUUCAUCGCCUACCCCCGGGCCGUCACGCUGAUGCCUGUGGCCCCACUCUGGGCUGCCCUGUUCUUCUUCAUGCUGCUGCUGCUUGGUCUCGACAGCCAGUUUGUAGGUGUGGAAGGCUUCAUCACCGGCCUGCUCGACCUCCUCCCGGCCUCCUACUACUUCCGUUUCCAAAGGGAGAUCUCUGUGGCCCUAUGCUGUGCCCUCUGCUUUGUCAUCGACCUCUCCAUGGUGACCGAUGGCGGGAUGUACGUCUUCCAGUUGUUUGACUACUACUCAGCCAGCGGCACGACCCUGCUCUGGCAGGCCUUCUGGGAGUGCGUGGUGGUUGCCUGGGUGUAUGGAGCCGACCGCUUCAUGGAUGACGUUGCCUGCAUGAUUGGGUACCGACCUUGCCCCUGGAUGAAAUGGUGCUGGUCUUUCUUCACCCCGCUGGUCUGCAUGGGCAUCUUCAUCUUCAACGUGGUGUACUACAAGCCGUUGGUCUACAACAAUACCUACGUGUACCCGUGGUGGGGCGAGGCCAUGGGCUGGGCCUUCGCACUCUCCUCCAUGCUGUGUGUGCCCCUACACCUCCUGGGCUGCCUCCUCAGGGCCAAGGGGACCGUGGCUGAGCGCUGGCAACACCUGACGCAGCCUGUCUGGGGCCUCCACCACUUGGAGUACAGAGCUCAGGACUCGGAUGUCAGGGGCCUGACCACCCUGACCCCAGUGUCCGAGAGCAGCAAGGUGGUGGUGGUGGAGAGCGUCAUGUGACAGGCACCCCAGCUCACAUCACCAGCUCACCCUCUUGUAGCCAUAGCAGCCCCUGCUUUAGCCCCCCCCCGACCCAUUCAGGGGGCUUGCCUUUCCCUGACACUUUUGGGGUCUGCCGGGGGGGGGGGAGAAGCACCAUGAGUGCUUAUAACUAAAAUAACUUUUUUCCAUUUUUAAUAAAACACCAAAAAUAUCACAACCCACCAAAAAUAGAUGCCUCCCCCCUUAACCAAGCUGGUACACACACUGCUUCCCAGGCCCUGCCGCCUGCCCUCCCCCCAGUGCCCGCUGUGGACGCGUCUCACUCCACCCCACCAUGCCCACCCUGCCUGCCUGCCUCUUAGGCUCUGCCCAACACACCCUUGGGUGGUCCCUCACCCCAGAGGCAGCAGUGGCAGCUUGGGAAACAGGAGAGGAGAGGGGGGAGGCAAGGGAGGGGCAGCGGAACCAAGGUGAAUAUUUCAGCUGGGCUAGACCCCUCUCCCCAUCCCUACUCUAGAAGCUUAGAGAGCCAGCCAGCAAUGGAACCUUCUGGUUCCUGCGCCAAUUGCCACCAAUAUCAAUUGUGUGAGCUUGUGUCCGAGUGCAUGUGUGCGUGAGUAUGUAGGGUAUAUACAGAUCUCUAUCUCUUAGCAAAGGUGAAUACCAGGUGUAAACUGUGCCUGUGGGCAAAUGAGGCUUGUAUUUUGCACAUUUUAUAAAAACUUGGAGAGAGAUUUCUGCUUGUAUAUUUCUAAAGAGAAAACACCCCGACGUCCCUCUCCUUGCCACUCUCUGUCCCUUUCAGCCCAUCCUUAUUCCUGUGCCCAAGCCAAGGAGUGUGAAUUUAUAGAUCUAAUUUUCAUAGGCAAAACAAAGCUUCAAGCUGUCGAGCGUGCGAGUCUGUCACGUGGGUAUGCAUGUGUAGUCCCCGGCCCCAGACUGGGGUGGAAAAGUGCAUGGUGAGGGCCUUGAGGGGAGUCCCCACACUCCCCCCUUGCCCACAAGUUGACGGAUGCCGUGUUCUGUCCGGGUGGAUCUGGGGCUGCUCACCUGGCAUGCUCAGGCUUGCCUACACCCUGCCCCCUGCACUGGGCAGACUGCAGGGAUCUGAGGUGGGCCCCAGCCGGGGAAGGGAUCCCGGCCACGGCUGCCACCUGCGAGCUGAAGGCUGAUGCACUUUCCAUGUCUCAAGUCUUCCAGGUAGCAGCUGUACUUAACCCCCGUCUGUGUCACGUCCAAUCCCGAGGCAGCCAAGAGGACCCCAGAAGGGCUUCCCCCACAACCUGACGUUGGCUGGAGGGGUGGGGCUGGGUGAGGGCGGGGGGCCAGCGGGGACAUUCUUACUGUGCUAAAAAGCCACUGCAAACAUAGCAAUAAAAACAUGUCAUUUU